UUUGCAUGUGAAGGUGAAAACCACAGAUGGAGUAUCUGGACAAAGAGAACAUGGCCGAUGUUGAUCAGAAGCAAGAGAAAAUAGAGGAUGAAAGGAAAAUCAUGAGGAAGAAGAAGAAGAAGCUUGGAGGAAUCAAAACAAUGCCAUUCAUCUUUGCAAAUGAGAUAUGUGACAAAUUUGCAGCAGCUGGUUUCAAUGCUAACAUGAUAACGUACCUAACACAAGAGCUUAACAUGCCGCUGGUACAAGUCUCCAACACACUCAGCAUCUUCACUGGAACUGCCAAGUUCAUGCCAUUGUUUGGUGCUUUAAUUGCCGACUCCUUUGCCGGGCGGUUUUGGACAAUCAUGGCUGGUUCGAUUAUCUAUGAACUGGGAUUGAUUAGCAUCACCAUAUCAGCAAUUCAGCCAACGCUCCGGCCUCCACCGUGCCCAACUCAAAUGAACUGCAAGGAAGCCUCAGCCUUGCAGCUUUGGGUCUUCUACAUCUCUCUGCUACUUACAUCUCUUGGCUCAGGUGGCAUUAGGCCUUGUGUUGUUACCCUUGCUGCUGACCAAUUUGACAUGACCAAAUCAAGUGUAGCAGCUAGAAGUUGGAAUUUGUUCAAUUGGUACUACUUUAGCAUGGGAAUGGCAACAUUAACUGCCCUGACUAUUGUGGUUUACAUCCAAGAACAUGUGGGUUGGGGCUGGGGUCUUGGAAUUCCAACCAUAGCCAUGGCCUUGUCAAUUAUAGCCUCUUUGGUGGGUUCACCUUUUUACAAUAGAAUCAAACCUCAGGGUAGUCCCUUGGUUAGAUUGGCCCAAGUAAUUGUUGCAGCUGUGAAGAAGAGGAAAGAAGUAGUACCAGAAGACCCUGCUCUCUUGUAUGAAAAUAGAGAGCUCGAUGCUGCUAUUUCUUUGCAUGGAAGGCUUCUACACACAAAUCAAUUCAAGUGGUUUAGUAAAGCUGCAGUAGUAACAGAUAGCAAUGCAACAGAUUCAAAGCCACCAAAUUUAUGGAGGCUUGCCACUGUACAUCGAGUCGAGGAAUUAAAAUGCAUUAUCCGAAUGGUUCCUAUAUGGGCAGCUGGAAUUUUACUUUUUGCCUCAUCUUCUCACCUGCAUAGCUUCACCAUUCAACAAUCUCGCACUAUGAAUCAUCACCUAUCUCACUCCUUUCAAAUUCCUCCAGCCUCCUUGUCUGUCUUUAGCAACAUAACCAUGCUCAUUGUUCUGUAUGAACGUCUCUUUGUACCCUUUGCUCGUCGAUUCACAGGAAAUCCAUCAGGCAUGACAUGCCUACAAAGAAUGGGAGUAGGCUAUGUGGUUAACAUUCUUGCUACAAUCGUUGCAUCAUUUGUUGAAAUCAAGAGGAAAGCAGUGGCUUCUGACCACAACUUAUUGGAUGAUCCAAAUGCAAUUAUUCCUAUUACUGUUUUUUGGUUGGCACCUCAGUUUUGCCUACAUGGGGUAGCUGAAGUUUUCAUGUCGGUGGGGCACAUGGAAUUUCUUUAUAAUCAAUCACCUGAAAGCAUGAGAAGUACUGCUCUAGCACUGUAUUGGAUAGCAAUAGCAAUGGGAAACUAUGUAGGCACACUGAUUGUAUCACUAGUUCAUAAGUAUUCAGGCAUGAAAAGCAACUGGCUACCUGAUAGGAACCUCAAUAGGGAAAGAUUGGAAUGCUACUACUGGCUUGUUAGUGGCAUCCAAGUAAUAAAUCUCGUAUAUUAUGUGAUAUGUAGUUGGCUUUAUACUUAUAAGCCAUUGGAAGAGGUUAGUGAAACUUGCAAGGAGGAAGUUGAAGAACUAGCUGGAAAUAAAAUCCCCUCAAUGAUCUUAGAUGGUAGGAAUGGACAUGGAGAGGUGGAGCUUGGCCUUGGAAGAAUGAGACAGCUUAGGAUUAAGCAAGAGAAGAUUGGGGAUGAAAGGAAAAUCAUGAGGAAGAAGAAGAAGAAGCUUGGAGGAAUCAAAACAAUGCCAUUCAUAUUUGCAAAUGAAAUAUGCAACAAAUUUGCAGCAAAUGGUUUCCAUUCCAACAUGAUAACGUACCUAACAAAAGAGCUUAACAUGCCGCUGGUACAAGCCUCCAACACAAUCACUAUCUACAAUGGAACUGCCAAUUUCAUGCCCUUGUUUGGUGCUUUAAUUGCUGACUCCUUUGCCGGGCGGUUUUGGACCAUCAUGGCUGGUUCUAUUAUCUAUGAACUGGGAUUGAUUAGCAUCACCAUAUCAGCAAUUCAGCCAACGCUCCAGCCUCCACCGUGCCCAACUCAAAUGAACUGCAAGGAAGCCUCAGCCUUGCAGCUUUGGGUCUUCUACAUCUCUCUGCUACUUACAUCUCUUGGCUCAGGUGGCAUUAGGCCUUGUGUUGUUACCCUUGCUGCUGACCAAUUUGACAUGACCAAAUCAAGUGUAGCAGCUAGAAGUUGGAAUUUGUUCAAUUGGUACUACUUUAGCAUGGGAAUGGCAACACUAACUGCCCUGACUAUUGUGGUUUACAUCCAAGAACAUGUGGGUUGGGGCUGGGGUCUUGGAAUUUCAGCCAUAGCCAUGGCCUUGUCAAUUAUAGCCUUUUUGGUGGGUUCACCUUUUUACAAUAGAAUCAAACCUGCGGGUAGUCCCUUGAUUAGAUUGGCUCAAGUAAUUGUUGCAGCAGUGAAGAAGAGGAAAGAAGUAGCACCAGAAGACCCUGCUCUCUUGUAUGAAAAUAGAGAGCUCGAUGCUGCCAUUUCUUUGCAUGGAAGGCUUCUACACACAAAUCAAUUCAAGUGGUUUGAUAAAGCUGCAGUAGUAACAGAUAGCAAUGCAACAGAUUCAAAGCCACCAAAUUUAUGGAGGCUUACCACUGUACAUCGAGUCGAGGAAUUAAAAUCCAUUAUCCGAAUAUUUCCUAUAUGGGCAGCCGGAAUUGUACUUUUUGCCUCAUCUUCACACCAGCUUAGCCUCACCAUUCUACAAGCUCGCACUAUGGAUUGUCACUUGUCUCACUCCUUCCAAAUUCCUCCAGCCUCGAUGCCUAUCUUUAGCAACAUAACCAUGCUCGUUGGGCUUGUUCUAUAUGAACGUCUCUUUGUACCCUUUGCUCGUAGAUUCACUGGAAAUCCAUCAGGCAUCACAUGCCUACAAAGAAUGGGUGUAGGCUAUGUGGUUAACAUUCUCGUCACAGUUGUUGCAUCAUUUGUUGAAAUCAAGAGAAAAGCAGUGGCUGCUGAUCACAACUUAUUGAAUGAUCCAAAAGCAACUAUUCCUAUUAGUAUUUUUUGGUUGGUACCUCAGUUUUGCCUCCAUGGGUUGGCUGAAGUUUUCAUGUCUGUGGGGAACACAGAAUUUCUUUAUGAUCAAUCACCUGAAAGCAUGAGAAGUACUACUGCAGCACUCUAUUGGAUAGCAGUAUCAAUGGGAGACUUCGUAGGCACACUGAUAGUAAUUCUAGUUCAUAAGUAUUCUGGCAAGAAAAGCAACUGGCUGCCUGAUAGGAACCUCAAUAGGGGAAGAUUGGAAUACUAUUACUGGCUUAUUAGUGGCAUCCAGUUAAUAAAUCUCUUAUAUUAUGUGAUAUGUAGUUGGUUUUAUACUUAUAAGCCAUUAGAAGAGGUUAGUGAAAUUUGCAAGGAGGAAGUUGAAGAACUAGAUGGAAAUAAAAUCCCCUCUAUGAUCUUAGAUAGUAGGAAUGGACAUGGAGAGGUGGAGCCUGGAAGAAAUGAGACAACUUAG